AGACAGUCACUCGCGACAGCGUUGGUGCGCCUCGACCACCACGGCGGUCUGAGCAGGCGACCUUGGAGUGCCUGCUUACAAGGUCCUCACAAGACGAAGCCCGAGCCAUGGCCAAUCCCCCACAGUGGGUCGAGCCGUAUCCAUAGGCGCCAAACUAAAUCGGGCUAGCGCGAGCGCGGAUUCGACGGAAGAAUCGCGGCGUCGGCAGAGGUGGAUUAGUUGGACCCUUCCUGCGAAAUCGUGCGACCCGAGGUCCCGCGUCAUCACCCGCACGAAGUCCGGAGGAUGGCCGCCAGCGUGCCAGCAGCGCAGGCCACCCCGGGAGAGACUCCGCGACGUGAAUCGAGCCUGCUGGCGGGCUUCUCUACUGCCGAUACUCACAAGGCGAUCCAGGAUAACAUCUACGUCAUCCUGGGCCACGGGACCGUCCAGCGCCGCGUCCUCUACACCGGAAUUUUGUCCGUGGUGGUGCUGCUGAUGCAUGCGCUGGGAAGCCGGCUCUUCACCCACGAUGUCCCCCACUGGUGUGCUCCUCCGCAUGAGCUUCGCGACGUUCCGGUGGACGUCUGGAGGAACGUGGCCAUCCCGCUGGGUCCCGAUGGCAAGCCGAGCCAGUGCGACGUCUACGAUCCGCCCAUUGCGCAUGAUGACGAGGAGCGCCACUUGGUGCCCUGCCAGCAAUGGGACUACGACACUGUCAGCAAGGAAGACAGCAUCAUUAGCCGGUGGGACCUGGUGUGCAGCCACGUGUGGCUUUUUAAGGUCAUCAUGGUGGCGUACAUGCUGGGCGCAGUGCUGUGCGUGCCGAUGGCCGGAUUGCUCGCCGACAGGGUUGGUCGGAGGCCCGCAAUUCUGGGUUGCGUUCUCGCCCUGCUAUGCUUCAGCAUCGGCUGCGCAGUCUCGCAAACUCUCAUCAUGUACGUGGUGACCAGGUUCUUCGUGGCGGCUUCUAGUUGCUCCGCGCAGGUGCUGAUAUUGAUCCUGCUCUACGAGAUGACUGGCAAUGAGCGACGCGCCCUGUACGGAAUCCUUGAUACGGCCGUCGGAGUCACGACCGUGUCACUUGUAAUACGCUUGAUGUCUCUGCUGAAACCACACUGGGACCUGGUGCACGCAUUCCUCGUUGUGCCAACGGCCAUGCUCGUGUUCUGGUGCUACCUGCUCGACGAGUCACCCUGCUGGCUUCUGGCGACGUGGAGGGCGCGGUCUGCAGAGCGUGUCGUCAUGUUGGCCGCCAAGACCAACGGCGUCGACCUCUGCAAGGCUCGCCUCACAUUCAAGGCUCUCAGGGAGCAGCUCAAGAAGAUCGAGUCCGCGUCCACCGCGUCGAGUGCCAGUGACACCUUUGCCAUGACGACUACGUUUCGCCGGCGCACCUUCGCGGUGGUUCUCUGCUGGUUUAGCGUUAACUUCACCUACUACGGCCUGAUAGUGCGUUACGUUGCCACCGAAGACUUGUGGUUAGCCAUGGGGACCUUCCUGCAGGCGGCGCUCUACGCCAUCGUCUGGCGGCAUCUGCACAGCCGCGGCCAACGCGAGACCUUUUUCAUCGCGCUCGGUCUCCUGGGGAUCCUCAUGGUGUUCCAGGUGGCCCUUCAUUUCGCCGGUAUCACUGCACUGUUCGCACUGGCCAACACUGUCGUAGUGAGUAUGUCUGCCGUCACGCUCAGCGUGAACUACUGCUACACAGCCGAUGUGUUUCCCACCGUCGUCAGGAGCUUGGGCCUGGCUGUCUCCUAUGCCGUUGGACGUCUCGGAGUGCUGGCAGCAGGCUUUUUGGAGGAGGUAGCCUACAUCAGAAGCGAGACUUCCGCCAACCUGCUCAUGACAGUGCUGGUUCUCCUGAGCGCAGCGGCUCUCCAAUGGCUGCCAGAAAUCUUUGUGGAGAAGCGCCAGGCGGAUCCAUCCCCGGCGAGCUUAAACCCAGACCAGCGCAAGAAGGAUAUGCAGAAAUCCCUUACGUCGGUGAACACUACGUCCAAACAGUCUUGCGCAGGGAAGCGUUCCCGCAAGGCACGCAAAGUCAAAUCACCAUCGCGGAGCAACGCCUCACCCCCACCAGAGCCCAAGGACAAGGCGGCAGACCAAGAUAUGGCGUUGAAGCCGUGAUAAGUGUACGUUGUCCCUCGCUAGGCCUCGUUUACGAUCAACGUGUUAAAUCUAUGUUCUGAUUUGCGUAUAUGUUUAUCGUACUUGUCAAUGUUAUCCAUGCUUGAUCCUUUACUGUGAACUCUAUUUCUUGCGCAUGCUUUCGAAUCGCAAAACCCGAACUACCUGCUUGAAAAAUAUGGUUACACUUCUGACAUGCAGAGACACGCUUUGACGCUGCUGUAGCGAAGAAACACUUACACAAGACACGCCCAAGUUGUUUCGAAAGGAUCCCACGCCGUAGGUGGCGUGAUCGAUGCGCCCUAAAACAAAGUGUACAAGGCCUUGAAGACUUCUGCGAAGCUGCUUAAAGCAGCUUCGUUGAAGCAAGGUAUGACGCUAUGACUAUGGUACCAGCUUUUGGGAAGAGGAAAAGAUGACCAGAUUCCGAAGUGGUGGUCGAUUCUGUUCCAAGCAGCUGUUUAUUGUAAUAACGUGCAUCGUACCAUGUGUAUGGGAGCACACACCGAAUAGCAGCUAUGAUUGCUGUUUGAUGUAUCGUUGGCUAAUGGUGUGUGCGUAUCAAAUGAAGUCAUAAACGGGCGCUCCACGCCGCUUCUCAUAUUAA